UGACUGCUAACCUGCAGCCGGGCUCUGGAGAGCAGAGAAGAGGAAUCUGGAGCUUGUCUGGACAUUGCCGGCUCUGCAGCGGAGGCUCUGGAGGUUCGGAGGCGGCUGCAGCGGCAGGCUUGGAUUUUCAGCCGGGAACUUUGAGUGCCUGUGGAAUGAAUGAAGCUGAAGAGUUUCUAGUUGGAUCAUUUCCACUUCGCAGAGCCUAUUAACUGUACAAUCAGUUUACAUUCCCAAUGGCCAAGCGUACAUUCUCCAUGCUGGAAAUAAUGUUAAUCUUUCUCCUAGUGAUGAUGACGGCUCUAACUGUGGCUCUUCUGAGCCUCCUCUUCAUCACCAGCGGGACAAUUGAAAGCAAAUCAGAACCGUCCCACACUUCUCCAGUGCCCACCUCCAAGAUUCCUUCAACCACCACCAGCUCCACGACCACCAGCUCCAUCAACACCAGCACCCAGAAUCCUCCCUUGUUUCAGAACUUCAGUGGCUACCAUAUUGGUGUUGGGCGAGCUGAUUGCACUGGACCCCUGGCAGAUAUUCCCUUGAUGGGGUACGCAAAGUCUGGCCAGGUGGCCGGUGGCCUUCUCACCAGACUCUACAGCCGAGCUUUCCUCAUAGCAGAACCCGAUGCAACCAAACGAGUGGUGUUUGUCAGUGUCGACAUAGGCAUGAUGUCGCAGAGACUCAGACUGGAGGUCCUGAAAAGACUGCAGAGCAACUACCCUGGCUUGUAUAGACAGGAUAAUGUGAUCCUGAGUGGCACACACACCCAUUCGGGACCGGCGGGCUAUUUCCAGUACACUAUCUUCGUGCUGAGUGGCAAAGGCUUUAUCAAGCCAUCAUUCGAAACUAUCGUGAAUGGCAUCGUGAAGAGCAUUGAGAUAGCACAUACGAAUAUGAAACCAGGAAAAAUCUAUAUCAAUAAAGGAAAUGUGGAAGGUGUCCAGAUCAACCGCAGCCCUUAUUCUUACAUGCAGAAUCCGGAGUCUGAGAGACAAAGGUAUGUCAACAACACUGACAAGGAAAUGGUGGUCCUGAAGAUGGUGGAUUUGAAAGGAGAAGACCUGGGUGUUCUCAGCUGGUUUGCUGUGCACCCUGUCAGCAUGAAUAACUCCAACCACCUGGUGAACAGCGACAAUGUGGGCUAUGCCUCUUAUCUGUUUGAGCAAGAGAAGAACACGGGACAGUUGCCUGGACAGGGACCAUUUGUGGCUGCUUUUGCCUCAUCGAACCUUGGAGACGUGUCACCCAAUACUAAAGGUCCACACUGUAUCAACACAGGAGAAUCAUGUGAUAAUCCCAACAAUUUCUGUCCAGUUGGGGGGCCUGACAUGUGUAUGGCUGCAGGCCCUGGGAAGGAUAUGUUUCACAGCACACAGAUUAUAGGACAAUCCAUCUAUGAGAGAGCAAAGGAAUUGUAUUCUUCAGCUUCUCAAGAGGUGACUGGGUCCCUAUCUUCAGCCCACCAGUGGGUGAACAUGUCAAAUAUCACCAUUCAACUCAAUUCUACACAUACCGCAAGAACCUGCAAAGCAGCUCUGGGCUAUAGCUUUGCUGCUGGCACUAUGGAUGGAGUUGGGGGACUCAAUUUCACCCAGGGAGAGAUGGAAGGGGAUCCUUUUUGGGACACCAUUCGGGACCAACUUCUGGGAGAACCGUCCAAUGAAACUAAAGAAUGCCACAAGCCCAAGCCCAUCCUGUUGAGCACAGGCGAGAUGACAAAACCCAACCCGUGGCACCCUGAAAUUGUUGAUGUCCAGCUGGUGACAAUCGGGUCUUUGGCCAUAGCGGCAAUUCCAGGAGAGCUGACGACGAUGUCUGGAAGACGACUCCGGGAGGCUGUUCAAUCAGAAUUUGAAUCUGAAGGUCAGCAGAAUAUGCGUGUUGUUAUUUCUGGACUCUGUAAUGUCUAUACUCAUUACAUUACCACUUAUGAAGAAUACCAGGUUCAGCGCUAUGAAGCUGCUUCCACCAUUUAUGGACCACACACUUUGUCUGCUUAUAUUCAGUUGUUUCGGGGCCUUGCUAAGGCCAUUGCCACGAACACUGUUCCUGACUUGCCCAAAGGGCCAGACCCACCAUUUUUCACGAAUCUGAUCAGCUUACUACCUGCCAACCCUACCGACAAAACACCGGAGAACAUGACAUUUGGAGAUGUGUUGCGGCAAGUGGACCCACAGUACAGAGUGGGUGAUGUUGCUGAAGUGAGCUUUGUAGGAGCAAACCCCAGGAAUUCAGUGGAGAACAUGACUCAUCACACCUUUCUCACAGUAGAGAAAUAUCAGGAAGCUCCAGCCUUAUGGCAGACAGUGCAUAAUGAUGCCUCAUGGGAAACAAGAUUUUACUGGCACAAAAGAAGCAGCGAUCAAAGCAAUGUGACAAUAGAAUGGCACAUCCCAGAAACGACCCAGACUGGGACCUACAGGAUACGAUAUUUUGGGCACAGCAAGAAGAAGGAGUUUUUGAAGCCUGCAGUGAUUGAAUCAUUUGAGGGUUCUUCUUCAAACUUUGAAGUUGUCGCUCCUUAGUUAUAAACCAACAGGCAACCAAAAGAACAAUUCUCCUUCCUCUGGAUAACUUCUAGAAUAUUGUUCCAUGAUCAACAUCAGCUGUUAGAGAUAGCACCUUAGGGGAGAGCUGACAUUUCCUCUUGUUUUGUUGGAGUUUCUCAUCUACUUGUUCUGGUUAAAGAAUUAUUUUUUGGUGGUGGCAUAAAAUGGAUUUCUGAGUC